AUGACCACAACAUCAUCAGACGGCCUCUACCUCGAUCCCGAUCAACAGGAUCUCCUGCUUCGCGCCCUUCAAUCAAACUCUGACUCACGCUUGUUCACAAGUCCUUCUGUUAAUCAGGUCACCCAGUCCCUAAAGCACAAUUCACAAAACGGUACCCCAGAUUCAAUGGGCUCACAAUAUGGAAACGGCACUCCGCCACCAACAGCUGCCCUAAACGGUAGCUUUGCGGAUGAUACCCCACUGAUGGGUGGGGACCUAGAUUAUCCUGAUUGGGACGCUGAUGGGCCUUGGGACUUCGAAACAGGUCUUGAUGGCGUGGAUAACAGUAUGAACGGAACUUCUUAUUCGGAUACCCCAGGCUCUAUGUCACAGGACAAUGACAAAAGGAAAAGCCCACCGUCAAAUGAUGAUGGGAGCCCGAGCUCUGAUCCACACGAUGCAGAGCCAAAGAGGAGAGAAUCAGAUGGAACAACUGCCAAAAGGCCUGGACGCAAGCCCCUUACGUCAGAACCUACGUCGAAACGCAAGGCGCAGAAUCGAGCCGCUCAAAGGGCUUUCCGGGAACGUAAGGAGAAGCAUUUGAAGGAUCUCGAACAGAAAGUGACGGAUUUGGAGAAGGCGUCAGAGUCUGCAAACCACGAGAAUAGCCUUCUUCGAGCCCAAGUGGAUAGACUGCAGGUGGAAUUAAAGGAUUAUCGGCGACGAUUACAUCAAGCACAAAAGACACCAACUUUAAGUGCCCCAGGUUUGUUUGGGAAAAGUGCAAGUACAGGUGGCUUCCAGUUCGAAUUUCCUAUGUUUGGUGGUGGUAUCGGUUCUCCUUUCGGGCGUCAGGGUAGCGGAGAUGGCGUGAAGGUGGGACCUGGUACUUUACUCGAAAGGAUGAGUGCGGGGACGGGUGCCAGUGCUUCUCCUAAGAUCGAAGAUAAGAACAAAUCAACCAAUGCGAUAAACGAUGACAUUUUCGCAAAUUAUGGCCUGAGCAACGAUAGUAGUGGAGGCUCUGCGAGUGUACAGAAUACACCUCGUCUGAACGGUGGUAGUAGGGAUUUUACCUCAUCACCUUCGGCGUCAUCAGUAUCACAGCAUGGGCCUGGUUCAUCUUGUGGAACAAGCCCUGAACCAAUGAAUUUGAAUGGAUCCAAUGAUCAGCAAAAUAAUUCAACCGAGGACGGUACGAUAUCAAUCGCUCCAAACGGGGAUCGCUACAUCUGCAAGAGCGGGCCUUUAGACGGCGAAACUGAAAUUACCUUCUGCGAGAAACUAGGAAUGGCAUGCGGGAACCCUCACAACCCUAUCCCGAAGGCGGUCCAGCUCAACAACAAUUCCAGCGCACCCACACCAACCUCACUGGAUUGGCUAACUCAACAGAAUGGCGGCAAUUUCGAUCCGGUACUAUUCAACGACUACCGAGACCCCAUCAAUGAAAUCAAUGCCGGAAUCAACAUGAGCUUCUUCGAGGAUGCGUUCCCGAUGACUACCAGCUUCGAAGGCAUCGAGUCACCGUUCGCCCUGAAGAAAGAUCUGGUAGCGGAGGCCGACCGUGCCGAAAACGGAGGGGACAAUGAUGACGAUGAGGAUGAGGUCGUCCCUGCCGAAGAUCCAAAGAAGAUGCUAAGUUGUAACAAAAUAUGGGACCACAUCAGCGCUCACCCGAAAUUUGCCAAUGGGGAGUUAGAUAUGGAUACCUUAUGUUCUGAGCUCAGGAACAAAGCAAAGUGUUCGGAGACUGGAGUCGUAGUAGCAGAAAGCGAUGUUCGGGACGUCUUGACGAAAGUCGGGGUCCAAUCGAUAGACUUUCAUUGA